GCAAACCUGUCCCGGGGUAGCCAACGUCUCGGUCAUCAUGAGACAGACACGACUUGUCAUCCAUGAGCACGCUUUUUCGUGCCUCAUCCUCCAUCGGACUGGUCUAUCCUUUGCCUUCUUGUGUCGCCGAAUCUCCUCCUGUUCCGCUUCUCUUUGGGUCUCGCGGACUCCCACGGAAGGCCUCUUCGUAAGUCCGUCCCGCCCACGCUCGAUUCCGCCCUCCCUUGCGUCCGAUAGAUCUCGUCUGUCUGGCACAUUCCGAUUGAGCCACAGACCUGCGCUUCCGGAUUUAACUCUUUCCGUCUUUUGAGCUUUGCACGUGUCUUAUUCACACUGAAUGCAGGAUUGCUGAAUUCUAGCUGGUGGCGUCGCUGUUGACAUCCCAACUUCACUGGCAUCCAUCGUUCCGACAACGUACACGGGCAGAGAGGAGAAUGUAGAUAGUUCAGGAGGCAGAGAGAGGGAGUGAAGGAGAAAGAGGCCUGGUUCAGAAAGGAGCAGGGUUGAAUUCUCGUGUUGGAGUUCGGAGAAGAUUAAGCUGUCUCUGGCUCGUCACGACCCUGUCAUUGGUGUUGAAAUUCUGGACCAAGGGGUCGCUCGGGUUGUAAAUAUAAGCAUACUCGUUGAUAAUUAUUUUUCCAGAGCUUUGCAAUGCAGUCGGUUUGUGCGGCUUCUGUGGGCGUCAGGCCGUUUAUUCAGGCAUCAUAUUGCAGCAGGACCACUGCUCCUAGCUGCGGCUCCCUACGAAAUGGGUCGUCUGUUGCGGAUAAUUUAGGAUUGAGGCGAAGGAGGUUGAGAUUUUUGAAAAGAGCUGCAAGUUUCUCCACAGACUUGAUAAAUAGAAGUGGAAAUCGCCUACACAUUGAGAGAUUGAGUGUAGAAGCAUCGAGCUCAGGUGUAGGAGCCGGAAGUUUUAGCAGCGAUGACAACGAGAUAACUCCCGCGGUCGAGCACGCAGGGCUUGUAAAUAGCGGUACCGAAACUGAACCGACUCCAGGGCCCAGUAAAUAUAAAGGAAGUCUACAAGCUGUGGGUGUUGUUUCAGCUGUCUUGAGCAUUGCUGCAGCCGCUGCAUUAGCAGUAACCCUUAAAAGUGGAGGAACUGACGCCCUUCUUUCCACCGUAUCGAGAUCUGGGUUCCCUGCAGCAUUUAGUUUGAUCUUCGUUUCUGAGAUCGGUGAUAAGACUUUCUUCAUUGCAGCUCUAUUGGCAAUGCGACACAACAAAUGGCUGGUACUGUUGGGGGCAUCAGGAGCAUUAUCUGUGAUGACCGUGAUAUCAGUGGUCAUUGGUAGACUAUUCCGGAAAGUUCCAGCAUCGCUACAAACAACACUUCCGGUUGGAGAAUACGCUGCAGUAGCCCUUCUUCUCUGGUUUGGAUUGCGCUCAAUUAAAACUGCUUGGGAUAUCCCCUCGGCUGGUUCCAAGAAUGAAGAACCCCAAGAGAUGGGAGAACUGGCUGAGGCAGAAGAAUUCUUGAAGCAAGUUGAGGAUAAGAAAAUUAGCACCCCCCUGGAAGUUUUGGGAGAGGCAUUUAGUCUUAUCUUCGUCGCGGAAUGGGGAGAUCGAUCUAUGUUAGCGACUAUUGCCUUAGGAGCUGCUCAGUCUCCUUGGGGUGUUGCAUCCGGAGCUAUUGGUGGACAUGUAUUGGCGACUCUUCUAGCAGUCGUUGGAGGAGCCCUGCUUGCCCGAUAUCUUUCUGAGAAAAUGAUUGGUUACUUUGGAGGGUUCCUAUUUCUAGGGUUUGCUGCAGCAACAUUGGCUGGAGUGUUCUAGCUGUAUUGAAACCAAAUGAAUAUAUCACCUGUUUAAUAUGGAGGUGCCGAGUCUCUAUGCAUGUCCACGAGCAUUGCGCUCCAACGCAUAUUCCUGAAGGAGAAAUGAUGUACCCAUUUAGAUUGUAUUGCCAGCAGCAGAUUGAAGAAGAAUGUAAUUUUUGGUUAGCAAUCCUACGUUCUUCAUGUACUUUGCCUGGAUGUAUCACCACCUCGAAAAAAUAUCCCAAAUUGUUUUAUUUUGCUCGGUGUCUUGUGGGUUGUCUAUCAGUUUCUCGCAAGAACCAACUCAUAUGGCAACCAUCCUUUCUAACAUCAUUCUUUUAGAUUUAUUUUGUUUCUUAUGGAAAUACAGCCACACUGUAAAGGAUAUAUUCGACUACGACUUACAAACCG